UGCGAGAAAAUUUUGACAACCGCGCACAAAACGAAGCAAAAAAAAAAGGGUUUUAGCUGCUGUGCUUCGUCGGCAACAAAACAGCGAGCAAAAAAAAUAGAGCAGUGUUUUCCAUCGGUUUUCGACAAACUUUCCCCAAUAAUCGAACAAACGAAACCCUCGGCCGACAUUUGAAUAGAAGACAGAAAUAAUGAUGGGUUUCUACGUUAUGCCACGGAUUGUGCGACAACUCCGGCCGAUUUGCUUCCAGCUCUCGGUGCGGUACUUUUCCGUCACCGAUCAACACAAAACACGCCUAGCCGAAGUGGGGAAAUUGGAGCUUCCAAAGGCGCAGGGAAAGUACGAAACGGGUCAACUCUUCCUGCACAGGGUAUUCGGCUACCGUGGAGUGAUUUUGUUUCCGUGGUUGGCUCGAGUGUACGAUCGGGACUUGCCCGCACAAAACAAGAGCAUACAGAACGAGACGACAGCCGCUGCACCGGCCGGAGGUGACUCGCCCACGCCACCCCCAAAUGGAACCACUAAGGAAGUGCAGAAGAAGACGCACACUUUCUAUCAGGUGCUGAUCGACCAGCGGGAUUGUCCGUACAUCCGCGCCCAGACGGAGGCCGUGACCUUCCUGGGCAAUCAGGAGUCCAGUCGAAGUCUGUACGCCAUCCCGGGGCUGGACUAUGUGGCCCACGAGGACAUACUGCCGUACAGUUCCGGUGAGCAGCAUCCGCUUCAGCACGAGUUGUUCGAUAAGUUCCUGGCUCAUCAGCCGGACAAGGAUCCGCCCUUUAGCGCUCAGGAUACACUGAGGGCGUGGCAGAAGAAGAAUCAUCCCUGGCUGGAGCUGUCCGACGUGCACAAGGAAACGACCGAAGGCAUUCGGGUGACGGUGAUUCCGUUCUACAUGGGAUGCCGCGAGACGCCGGCCGCUUCGGUUUAUUGGUGGCGCUACUGCAUCCGUCUGGAAAAUCUCGGUGAACUGAGCGUGCAGCUCCGCGAACGACACUGGAGAAUCUUUUCCCUCUCGGGCACCCUGGAGACGGUCCGUGGCCGUGGAGUCGUUGGCCAGGAGCCGGUGCUCAGCCCUCGGCUACCGGCCUUCCAGUACAGCUCACACGUGAGCCUACAGGCACCCAGCGGUCACAUGUGGGGCACCUUCCGAAUGGAGCGCGAGGAUGGACACAUGUUCGAUUGCCGCAUACCACCGUUCUCGCUGGAGAGUAAACCGGACGACAGCGGAAACUCUUCGGACGAUUCGACCAGUAGUAGCCCCAACAGCUCCGGAUCGUCGCCAUCGUCCACGACGACAUCCGGCGGUGGAUCUUCCAGCGGCGGCAGCGGCAGCACAGCCGGGGGAUCCAGCUCGAUGGAGGAUCUGUUUUGACGACGAGGAUGUCCGAUGUUACGUGUUUAAAACAAUGAUAUUUAUUGAACAGUGAGGCAGUUUUCCGCUAAAAUUGUGACGAUCAAGUGAAGCACUAGUUCGUUGUGAAUAUGAUUUAAUUGCUAUAAAAUAACCCAGUACCUACCGUAAAAAAAGCCAAUUACAAUAAAAAUGUGAGUAAAACAC